AUGAGUUGCUCAUCUCUUUUUUCUCUCAAAACUCCACUCUUUCCCUCCGGCGCGGUCAACCGCUCUAUCAAUCUCCGGCCCAAUAGUUAUUUUGUGACGAGGGCAUCCCUCAACUUGGACGUGCAUUCCGAUCCGAAACCUUUACUUAAUGAGAACCCAAAGAAGAGUUCACAAGUAAUCGCCGACGAGAAGAAAUUUGUGGUGGGCUCCUAUGCGAGGGCGCCGGUGGUGUUGGCCAGUGGAAAGGGCUGUAAAGUGUACGAUGUUGAUGGGCAAGAAUAUCUGGACUUGACUUCUGGUAUUGCCGUCAAUGCCCUCGGCCAUGCGGACCCCGAUUGGGUGCGGGCAGUUACAGAGCAAGCUAACGUACUCACACAUGUCAGCAAUAUAUACUACUCCGUUCCACAGGUGGAGCUUGCGAAACGUCUGGUUGCUUGCUCUUUUGCUGAUCGUGUGUUUUUUUCCAACUCUGGAACCGAAGCAAAUGAAGCCGCUAUUAAGUUUUCCCGGAAGUUCCAAAGAUAUUCGCAUCCAGAUGAGACGCAUCCACCUACGGAGUUCAUUGCUUUCACGAAUUGCUUCCAUGGUAGAACUAUGGGUGCUCUUGCAUUGACAAGCAAAGAGAAUUACAGAUCACCUUUUGAGCCUGUUAUGCCUGGAGUGACAUUCUUAGAAUAUGGUAAUAUUCAAGCAGCUACUGAAAUGAUUCAGAGUGAAAAAAUUGCUGCUGUGUUUGUUGAACCCAUUCAAGGAGAAGGUGGUAUAUACAGUGCAACAAAGGAGUUCUUACAAUCCCUGCGCACUGCCUGUGAUAAUGCUGGUUCUCUUCUUGUUUUUGAUGAGGUACAAUGUGGCUUAGGCCGAAGCGGUCAUCUUUGGGCCCAUGAAGCUUAUGGUGUAUACCCGGAUAUAAUGACUCUCGCAAAGCCUCUAGCCGGAGGUCUACCCAUUGGUGCUGUGCUGGUAACCGAAAAAGUCGCUUGUGCAAUAAACUUUGGAGAUCAUGGUAGCACUUUUGCAGGUAGCCCUCUCGUUUGCAGUGCUGCAAUUGCUGUGUUGGAUAAAAUAUCUAGUCCAGACUUUUUAGCCAGCAUCUCAGAGAAAGGUCGGUAUUUUGAGGAACUGUUAGUUAAAAAGUUGGGAGGAAAUUCGCACGUGAGAGAUGUACGAGGUUCAGGACUGAUCAUUGGCAUAGAGCUUGAAACAUCUGCCUCCCCAUUGGUCGAUGCAUGCCAACGAUCCGGUCUUCUUAUAUUGACUGCAGGAAAAGGAAAUGUAGUUAGAAUUGUGCCACCACUUAUCAUAUCGACACAUGAAAUUGAUCGGGCCGUUGAGAUCUUGGUUGAUUGUAUGCCUGUUCUUGAUCAGUUGCUAUCCAUGGCGUUGGUUCGUGUUUGGGCUUGGUGUUUCAGGUGUUUUCGGACGGCGAGUUCUUUGGUUGGGGCAGGGUGCGUUCCGGCUUGGGGUGGCUUUGUGGUCGGUGCAGGCGUGAGCUGUUCACGGCCUGUUUUUGUCCGUCCAGUUGCUUUCGCUGGGAUUUAUCUGGCUCCAGGAUUGGUUCUUGUUGUCUUCCUUUUCGCUCACUGCCGGAUUGAGGUCGUGGCUUCGGUUGGAGUAGGAUAG